AUGUUUCUUCAAAGAGAAUGCAUUUUUAUCAUAGGUCCCUCACAUCGUUUAGAUAUUGGGAAUACAUGUGCUCUGACUUCUGUAUCUGAGUAUGAAACUCCGUUUUAUAACUUAAAGAUUAAUACCAAUGUGUACAACAGCCUUAAAAAGUUCAACUGCUUCAGCGUUCUCGAAAAGAGUCAGGACGAAGCUGAACAUUCUGUAGAAAUGCAGUUACCGUAUAUUGCUCACAUCAUGAAACGUAGGAAAGAGCAGUACUCCAUAGUCCCCAUAGUUGUCGGUUGCUUAUCAUUCGAAAAACAAGAAUUCUUCGGGAACCUCCUAUCGAGCCACAUGCUAGAUGAGAAGAAUCUCUUUGUGAUAUCUUCUGAUUUCUGUCAUUGGGGGAAACGAUUUCGAUAUCAGUAUUACAAUAAAUCCGAUGGUGCGAUAUGGCAGUCUAUUGAGAAACUCGAUCACCUUGGUUUGAAUGCGAUUCGAAGCCUGAAACCGAAAUCAUUCAUAAAAUAUCUUGAAGAGUACAGGAACACUAUAUGUGGCAGGAGAAGUAUAGGCGUGUUCUUAUUUAUGAUUGACUGUAUUCGACAGAAGCAACCGUUUAACCUGGAACUUAAAAUCCUAAACUAUACACAAUCCAACCGCUGCCAGUCAAUGGAAGAUUCAUCAGUGAGUUACACUGCAUGUGCUCUAGUCAGUCGUGAGUAA